AUCAGCAUGCUUCUGAAUAUCAUAGAAAUAUUUUUUUCAUGAGAGCACUUUUGGGAAGGUCUGGUAGAUAUAUAUAUAUAUAAACUCAGAAAACGCAGGAAAAGAAAAUAUUGCAUAUAUUUCUUCAAGGACACCACUAUACGUUCCCACUAUACACAGGCACACAGACGUAUGCAUACAUAAAACCACUCAUAUAAAAUUAACUAUAAAUGUUCUGACUGAAAAUGACUAAAAAUAGCGAAAUUCUUAUCCAAGUAGACUUACUAAAUACUAAACCAGAAGAAGGGAAGAGAAAUCUAACAGGUGUUUUUACAGAGACAUGUCCCCAGAAAGGUGUGAAUCCCGGAUUUUGUGAAGAUGAGUUCACUAAUCGAGAAUCAGAACUUAAUGUUACAGCUAAUCAACCUGCAAGGAUGGUAAAGUGCACACCUGAGGGUCAUACAUCCAGUAAAUGUUCCUCUUUCCUCAAAUACCUGGCUUAUGUCUCUAUAUUAUACACCAAUCUGUUGAGUUUUGGCAUUGCUUCCUCCCUCGGCAUUCUAUACAUCUACCUCAUCAGAGAAUUCAACACCACAAAAUCUGAAACAGCCAUGAUAACAUCAGCGUGUGGUGCAACUUUGGGUUGUGGAGGAAUAUUCGCAGGAAUGUUAUACAGAAAAAUUGGUGUCAGGCGGUCGUUUAUCGUUGCCAGUGCUUUGUGUUCGAUUGGUUUGUUUGCAAGUAGCUUCACACCAAACAUUUGGUUCCUGUUUUUCUCACUUGGAAUCUUAUUUGGUUCUGGAGCAGCCAUCAACAAUAUCGUCAGUUUUGCAGCCUUGGAGAAAUUAUUCCACCAAAAUGCCCAUAUUCUAUCCAUUAUAUUGACCAUUUGUCCUUCGGCUGGAACCUUAUUUAUGACAUAUUUGUUCGACGUUUUCUUAAAUAUCUACUCUUGGAGAGGAGCUUUGAUGAUUCUGUCUGGCUUCAGUUUGAACAUGUGUUUUUCAGGAUUGUUGACAAAAGUUGACAGAAAACCAAAUUCUGAUGCCAAGGUUGAACGACUAAAAAUAUUCGAUAUGAAAAUAUUGAAAAACAAAAGUUUCUUGAUACUAUCAACUGCUGCAUCAAUGAAUACAUGCUUUGGCUCCCUCGUUUUGCUCCUUAUUGUUGAUUUCUGGGUUGAAAAGGGUCAUCCAAUAGUAGAAGGGAUUACACUAAUCACAUUUAUAUGUGUCUCAGGCAUGGCAAGCCGACUUGUCUUUGGGUUCUUCAGCUUCUUAUUCAACACAACACCAAUUCUCGUUCUUUUAUUCUACAUCUUUUGUGGUAUAGGUGGGACAUUCUACAUUUUUGCUCCUUUGUGCAACACUUAUUCAGCAUUAGUCUUUUUGGUUGUCUUGAAUGGAUUUUCUCGUGGCAUGUUAUCCACAAUACGUCCCCUGGUCUUCAAAAAAGUUGUCGGCGUUGAGGCCUACCCACUAGCGAUUGGUUAUACUUAUACGCUGAAUGGCAUCUGUGCAAUACCACUGGCAACCAUUGUAGGUAAAAUCACAGACCUGACACACAGUUAUGACUUUGCUUUUUAUCUCACUGGACUGUUUGAAACACUUAUGUUUUUGCUAUUAGCAUCUUCACACUUACUGAUUACUUGGAUGAGAAAAAAGAAUCAUAAAUUUAAACCUGAGAAUUAGCCAGAAGAAAUGAAGCCACAUUCUCAAAACGGCGGCACAGGAUUCUACACUUUUUUAAAAAGUUCACAGCUGUAUAAAUGUAAUAUAUAUUAAACAAUAUUUCUUACUAUAUUCAGUUUUGAAGUUCUUGUAUUCUGGAUUGGAAAAGUCGCUUCUCUACACAACAAAUGGCCCAUGAAGAAAGCUUGAGCUUACAAGGAACUCUCUAUGUGGUCCCUCAAGUUCACUGAGAUAUCUUAAGAAUGGUUGAAUAUAGUACAUAAUUCACUGGAUAAUAUGCUAAAGGAGGAAGUGGUUACAGAUAGAAUGUCAUCAGACAAUAAAAAUUUAUUACAGAGACCUAUAUCAAGAAAAUAAAUACAGCAAACACACUAGAUGGUUAAAAAAUAUUGGAAGCUGAAAUUUUAGUCAAUGAAAUAAACAUGACAUUUCAAAGAUAACAGCUCCAAAAUGAACUUAGUGAUAUCUAAACCGGAAACACAAACAUUAAAACCUCACUUACUGAAACCCACACAUCACAAAAAUCUUUUCCACAUCUGAAAACUUUCUGCGAAUUCAGAUAAAUCUAAGCUCAUCCAAUAGCACAUAAAAUACAUAUCAAGAGAAAUAACUAAUAUGCACAUGUAAACUCAGAACUGUAAACAACCUGCAAUGCAACAUCACCGGUCUAAAAAUCACCUUUAUAUAACUAAAAGAAGCCUCACAAUCACUCAUAGCAUUCACUGUCUUCAGACUGACCAACGUUUUUAGGUAGGUGCUUAUCCCAACUCAUUAGUCUGGGAUUUCUCCCAGUUUCUGGGGUGUUAAGCAAAUGAAAUAACAAGACUGUUCUGAGCAGGUCACCAAUCUAUUGUAGAGUUAACUCCAGCAACUGUGUGGAAUAAUUUUUUAAGUUGUAUAUACAGGAGUAACAUGAAAUAGAGUGCCUUGCAUCCAGGACAUAUAUAAUGGUAAGAAAAGCCAACACAAAAUAAUCACAAUAGACAUAUACAUACUGCCUUUACACUCACAGACUCCAAGCAGGAUAAACAAGUCCA